GAGUGGAGGACACGGACACACGCACAGAGAAGCCUCUUUUCUCGGUGCCUGCACUUAUGCCCGGUGCAGCUCCUUCGCAGCCCUCCUGCCAACCUGCUGCCGCCCGCUGCCCGCGCUGCCCCGGAGGAGCCGCAGCUCAGCCCCACGCCGGGACCCCGGGCCAGGGGAGCCCCCGCCGGCGCUGCCGUCCCCCCCGCCGCACAGAGCGGCCCCCGGCGCGGGGCUGCCGCCACGCACGGAGCCAGGGCAGAGCAUGGCCCCAGCCCUCCCACCACCGCUGCUGCUGCUGCUCUGGGCGUUUGUCCCCACGGCGGUCCCGGAGGCGUUUGGCCCCGGAGAUGGCACAGAGGACCUCAAGGCUCUGCAGGUGUCCAUCCCACGGCACCCAGCCCUCGACGCCGUGCUGGCAGGCGACAUCACCAUCCCCUGCCUCAUCAGCUACCUUGGCCCCCAGCCCACCGCCGUCACGGGCGGCCGCCGGGCGGUGCUGGGCACGCCGCGGGUCAAGUGGACCUUCAUCUCUGAGGGCAGGGAGCUGGAGAUCCUGGUAGCUCGGGGGCACAGGGUGAAGGUGAGCGAGGACUACCGGCUGCGCGCCUCCCUGCCCAUCUUCCACCAGCGCUACACCAACGCCUCCCUGCUGCUCACCGAGCUGCGCCCCAACGACUCGGGCAUCUACCGCUGCGACGUGCAGCACGGCAUCGAGGACGGCCACGACAUCCUCCAUGUCAAAGUCAAAGGGGUGGUGUUCCACUACCGGGAGGGCUCCAUGCGCUACGCCUACACCUUUGCCGAGGCGCAGGAAGCUUGUGCCAGGAUCGGUGCCAGCAUCGCCACCCCCGAGCAGCUCUACGCUGCCUACCUGGGGGGCUACGAGCAGUGUGACGCCGGCUGGAUCGCCGACCAGACCGUCAGGUACCCCAUCCAGACACCCCGUGAGGCCUGUUACGGAGACAUGAACGGCUUCCCUGGGGUGAGGAACUAUGGAGUGGUGGACCCGGAGGACAUGUACGAUGUGUACUGCUACGCUGAGGACCUCCCAGGCGAGAUCUUUUUGGAGACGGCCCCGGACAGGUUCACGCUGGAGGAGGCGGCGCAGCGCUGCCGGGCGCUGGGCGCGGAGCUGGCCAGCCCGGGGCAGCUGUACGCAGCCUGGAACGCGGGGCUGGACGCCUGCAGCCCCGGCUGGCUGGCCGACGGCAGCGUCCGCUACCCCAUCGUCACCCCCCGGGAGCGCUGCGGCGGGGCUCUGCCCGGCGUCAAAACCAUCUUCCUCUUCCGCAACCAGACGGGAUUCCCCGAUGCCCAGAGCAGAUACGAUGCGUACUGCUUCCGAGAAGGGACAAACUCUUUCCCUGAGGCUGCAGGAAAAUACCAAGCCCAAGAGCCCGAGGAGAAUCUCCUCCAGGAGAUUGUCACAGUGGCAGAAAAGCUGGAGGAGCUGCAGCUGCCCAGAGCGCACGUGGAGAUUGAGUCGCGAGGGGCGAUUUACGCCGUCCCUUUCUUUGAGGACACUGAUGUGGGAAAGCCGAGCCAGUCCCCUGAAGACGCCCUGGGGCCAGGGCCCCGGCAUCCCCCACUAGCUACCUCCGUGUCCUCAGAGGAGGAGCAGGGAGCAGCGCCGGGCAGGGGCCCUGGCAGCGCAUCGGCGGAGAGCCCGGGCGGAGGGCGAGACCCCGGCCAGCCCAUGGAGCCAGAGGGACCCACCGGUGCCCCAGCAGAGAGCCCAGAAGCCGGUGGGAGCCCCCGCCGCGGGCACAAGUCCGGCGGGGCGAGCACCCCCUUUUCUGCCGCUGAGGACGCCGAGCUCUCGGGAGACGUGGUGGAAAGCCCCGGGGCGUCCCCGCUGCCUCCUGCGCCCUCGCAGCCGCAGGAGGAGGGAGAGGAGCAGUCGGGAGCCGUGUGGCUCCCCUCGCCUGCGGCCCCGGGGGACCGGAGCACUGUGCCCGCAGUGACACCGUGGCACGCAGAGCUGCCUGGCAGCAGCAGCGCACCGGCCCUGGCAGGAGAGGAGGCUGCACCGCCACCGCCGGGCACACACCGCGGGAUGCCUGCUGCAGCUUCCGAGGAGGAGGAGGAGGAGGAGGAGGAGGAGGAGGAGGAAGAGCAACCCGCUCCCUCCAUUGCCACCGUGGAGGGUUUCCUUACAGCCGUUCCCGGAGAAGCAGGUGGCUGCGUCCCCAACCCCUGCCUGAACGGAGGGACCUGCGUGGAGGACGGCGCCCAGCUCACCUGCUUGUGCCUGCCUGGCUACGGAGGCAGCAGCUGUGAAAGACCCCUGCGGAGGUGCAGCCCCGGCUGGGACAGCUUCCAGGGAGCCUGCUACAGGCACUUCUCCACCCGGAGGAGCUGGGAGGAUGCAGAGAGCCAGUGCAGGCACUACGGGGGGCACCUGGCCACCAUCCUGACCCCCGAAGAGCAGGACUUCAUCAACGACCAGUACAGGGAAUACCAGUGGAUCGGCCUGAACGACCGCACCAUCGAGGGGGAUUUCCAGUGGUCCGACGGGAGCCCCUUGCUCUACGAGAACUGGCACCCCGGGCAGCCCGACAGCUACUUCCUCUCCGGGGAGAACUGCGUGGUCAUCGUGUGGCACGAUGGGGGCCAGUGGAGCGACGUGCCCUGCAACUACCACCUGUCCUACACCUGCAAAAUGGGGCUGGUGCAGUGCGGGCCCCCCCCCGCCCUCAGCAACGCCCGCGCCUUUGGCAAACCAAAGCAGCGCUACGAGAUCGGAGCCACCGCGCGCUACCAGUGCCGGCACGGGCUCGCCCCGCGCCGCUCGCCCGUCAUCCGCUGCCGGGAGGACGGCACGUGGGAGCCCCCGCAGCUGGCCUGCCGUCCUGGCGUGGCUCAGCCCCCCAACAACUGAGUGAGUCCCUGGGCGAGCGGCCGCCGCCUCCCCUAGCCCCGGACUGGUGCGGAUGGGGACGGCACUGGGAGCCCGACGUGGAGUGGAACCUCGCUCUUGGGUGUCUGCCCCCUUGUUUGUUUUCUACCUGUACAAAGAAAUCCUAAAGAUUAAAGAGCCCCUUGAAAGGAGCCGACAGUGACCCAAAAUGCAGCACAGCAGGAGUUCUGUCCCCAGAGUCACGGCAGAGCUGGAAUCCAGGGGGACAGCGCGGGCAGGGGACGGCAGUAACGUGCCAGCAUCACCCCCAGCCUAUUGUCCUCGUCCUGGGGGGUGACAUGGGGACAUCCAAGCUCUGCUGCAGCUCGGCACCCAUGCAGAGGUGUGGGGGGGGUCUUCUGCACUUCCCUGGAAAGGCAGAAGCUGCUGCAGCAGGCUUGGAGUGGGUGCACGCUGCCCAAACCCCCUCUCCGUGCUUCUGUGGGUAUUAAAACCAGUAAAGAGAUGGCA